UCUUUAGCUGCGUUUUGCUUGCAUCUCCUCUCCUCUCCUCUCUAAUCUGUUAAUCUGUAUCCAGUAUUUCACUUCUAAAUUUCUGAUUUCUGUGGAGAGAUAUCAAGGGAGGAGGACGAUUGUCGAUUGCCUGCCCUUUGGCUUCGAAAUUCAAACCUCAACUACGUUUUCCCCAAAUUUCCCUUUGGCUUUGUCGAUUUCUCGCCCCUUUAGUUUUGGAUACAAUUGUCGAUUGCUGUUUGCCUGCAAUCGACAAAUCCACAAUCCGUAAUAUUCGCUUUUGAAUUUUGAUUGUUUUGUGAAUUAUUAUUUUUUGGUUUGUGAUGAAUUUGAUGUUUUUUGUUAUUAUUAUGUUCCGUUUUGUUUCUUUUUCAGUUUUCAGAUCAUCGAUCACUAUACAUGCAUGGCUGCAGCUUUAGCUAUGGAUGAAUCAAUCUUAUCAGAUGAUCAAGUAGAGAAUCUUAUCAAAUUUUGUCCCACUAAACAAGAAAUGGAGCUUCUCAUGAAUUAUAGAGGCGACAGGGAGAUGCUGCACAAAUGUGAACAGUUCUUCAUGGAGCUCAUGAAGGUGCCACGUGUUGGAUCAAAAUUACGAGGUUGUCUGUCCAAAAUUCAAUUUGACAUCCAGCUUUCUGAUGUUAAGAAGAGUUUAAACACUGUAAAUUCUGCAUUUCACAAUUUUGAGGAUACAUUAAAUCAAGGAACUACAAAAUUUUCUGCAAUUGGUUUCAAGUUAGACAGUCUUUUGAAACCACCACCACCACCACCACCUCCACCUCCAGGGCCACCAACUCCACCAUCUCCACCACUUUACGCUGCAUGCAAACCUCCACCCCCAGCCCCUCCUCUGCCACCACCAACCCAUGGACCACCACCACCCCCACCCCCUCCACAUCCUUCUUCGAAGCGGUCUCUACCUCCCCCAUAUCAGUACCUAGGACCACCAGCUCCUCCACCACCACAAAAUCCGAUGUGGGCACGACGGCGUCCACCACUUCCACGUAGAGGCUGUGCACCUGUACCACCACCAUCACCACCACCACCACCACCACCGCUUCCACCACCACGAGGAUCUACACACCCUCCUGAAAUGGCUGCAGCACCUCAAAGAUCUAUGUUAAUGCCACUCCAUUGGAUCAAGCUAUUCAGGGCUUCACAAGGUUCCUUGUGGGAAGAAUUGCAAACACCUGGAGACCUCCAAAGGAGUGCAGUAGAAAUUGAUAUGUCAGAACUUGAGGCAAUGUUUUCUCUCCCACGCAUAAACCCAAAGAAAGAUACUUUUAAAGCUGAAAAACUCCAAUUGCUACAGGCUGCAGAUUUAGCUAUGGAUGAAUCAAUCUUUGAAGCUGAUCAAAUACAGAAUCUUAUCAAGUUUUGUCCUACUAAACAAGAAAUGAAGCUUCUCAUGAAUUAUACAGGUGACAAGGAUCUGAUGGAAAAAUGUAAUCAGUUCUUGCUAAAGCUCAUGAAGGCGCCACAUGUCGGAUCAAAAUUACGAGUUUUUCGAUUAAAAAUUCAAUUUGACACCCAGCUUUCUGAGUUUAAGAAGAGUUUAAACACUGUAAAUUCUGCAUGUGAUGAGAUCAAGACUUCAGUAAAAUUGAAGGAGAUCAUGAAAAGAAUUAUGUAUUUAGGGAAUACAUUAAAUCAAGAAACUGCAAGAGGUGAUGCAGUUGGUUUCAAGUUAGACAGUUUUUUAAAACUCUCAGAUACAAUCUCUUCAAACAACAAAAUCACUUUAAUGCAUUACAUCUGCAAGGUUCUUGCCUCCAAAUCACCUUCCCUUAUAGAUUUCCAUUUGGAUCUUGUUAGUCUUGAGUCUGCAAAUAAGAUACAAUUUAAGUCAUUAACAGAAGAAAUGAAUGCCAUUUGUAAGGAACUGGAAAGGUUUAAAAAGGAAACAUCUGCAUCUGCAAAUGAUGUCCCUGUCUUUGAAGUUUUUCAUAAGAAAGUGAAUGAGAUCAUCAGCUUUGCUGAAUCAGAAGUGGCAUCUGUAACAAAUUUGUUCUAUGAUGUGGGUGGAAAUGCUAAUGAAAUGGCUUUAUAUAUUAGUGAAGCAUUUGGUGAAGACACUGCUUGUUCUUUUGAACAUGUUAUAGAGAGGCUUGUGAAGUUUGUGAGGGUGUUUAGAGAAGCUCAUGAAGAAAACUGUAAACAGGCUGAACAAGAAAAGAUAAAAGCUCAAAAAGAGAUUGAAAUGGAGAAGGCAAUGGGCUUUAACUUAACAAAAAAAUAGCCACAAAGUCAAAGGGUGUUGACCAAAUAACCACAAAGUCAAUGCACUAUAAUUACAUACAUACAUACAUAUGAUGUUUCAGUGUUUUUAAGGUGGUUUGAAGGAAGCUGAUCUGACCUUAAAAAUCCUAGUUUCACUUGACAAUUUUAACAGCCUAGAUUCUAGUGUCAUUAUUAACCAUGUAUAUAUAUAUAUAAUAACGAUGUCUACAUGCAAGAAAUAACCAUAUGUACAAUCAUUAGAAUCUUGUAUCGAUUAUAUGUGGAUAUAUUCUGAGUACUGAAUGUUUGUUAAUUUUGUA